CGAAGCAAUCGAAAUCGUUUGUGGCACUGGUUGUGGCACCGACACUUCCCAUUUAAUACAACUUUUAACUUUAUUAUUUGGCUAAAAAGUGCAUAAUAUGCUAUCGAAUUGUGCCGCAAAGACGCUGGCCGCUGUCCGCGGCAGCCUGCGCGCCAUUGCCACCAGCAGUGCCCAGCGCAGCGACAAUCUGUUCGUGCAUCGCGACACACCCGAGGAUAAUCCCAACAUACCCUUUGAGUUCAGUGCCGAAAACAAGAAACGCGUGGAGGCCAUAUUAAGCAUCUAUCCAGAGGGUCACAAGCGUGGCGCAAUGAUACCGCUGCUCGAUCUGGCACAGCGUCAGUAUGGCUGGCUGCCCAUAUCGGCCAUGCACAAGGUGGCCGAAAUACUGGGUCUGCCCAACAUGCGCGUCUACGAGGUGGCCACCUUCUACACAAUGUUUAUGCGCAAGCCAACAGGCAAAUAUCAUAUUCAGGUGUGCACCACCACGCCCUGCUGGCUGCGCGGAUCUGAUGAGAUUCUGGAGACGUGCAAGAAACAGCUGGGCAUCGGCGUCGGCGAAACCACAAAGGACAAAAAGUUCACCAUCUCCGAGGUGGAAUGCUUGGGCGCCUGUGUCAAUGCGCCCAUGGUGUCCAUCAACGAUGAUUACUAUGAGGAUCUGACCGGCAAGGAUAUGCAAGAGAUUCUGAACGAUCUUAAAGCUGAUAAGAUCUCGCCGCCCGGACCACGCAACGGACGCUUCGCCAGCGAACCCAAAGGCGAGCCCACUUCGCUUAUCGAGGAGCCAAAGGGCCCAGGCUUUGGCUUACAAGCGGGUCUCUAAGUCCCGCACAAUGCCAAUCUAGCUUAGCUCCAACUGUUUAACAUACAAUUUAACUCGUUUUUUUGUGCGACUGUGCAACUUGCAAAAGCAACAACAACAACAUAUACAAAUACAGAUUGUCAGAUGACAGUUCAAAUGCAAUAAACCCAAAACAAAUGGA